CCUUCCUCCCGCCUCUCCUCCUCCUCCUCCUUCCCCUCCUCCUCCCCCUCCCCCGCUCCUCCUGGGCCCCGGGAAGAGGCAGGGCUGGAGCCCUGAGCAGCCGCCGCUCCUCCUCCUGGCAGGCUGGCUGAUGAGUCAGCUGACGGCGGCGCUCCAGCCUUGCCUCGCGGCGCUGCGCUCUCCGCGCUCCCCCAAAGUGGCUGCGAGCCGGCCGCCCACUUUCAGGGUUUGGGGGACAGACAAAGUGAUGUGCGCCUUCUAAAGCCGCGCCGAGCCUCAGCCGGAGCAGCUUCGCCGUUUCAACUUUCUCCUCCCACGUCUUCUGCUGACCCUGCCCUUAACCCGCCCCAAAGCCACUUCGGGUGCGGGCGCUUGGGUGAGGGGGGUUACCGGCCGUCCGGGAUGGCUUCCAAUUUUAAUGACAUAGUGAAACAAGGGUACGUGAGGAUCCGGAGCAGACGCCUAGGGAUAUAUCAGCGAUGCUGGCUAGUAUUCAAGAAAGCUUCAAGCAAAGGUCCAAAAAGACUGGAGAAAUUUUCCGAUGAACGUGCUGCAUAUUUUAGGUGUUAUCAUAAGGUUACAGAGCUCAACAAUGUGAAGAACGUAGCUCGGUUGCCGAAGAGCACCAAGAAACACGCCAUAGGGAUUUAUUUCAAUGAUGACACCUCCAAGACAUUUGCCUGUGAAUCAGAUCUGGAGGCCGAUGAAUGGUGCAAAGUACUCCAGAUGGAGUGUGUGGGCACACGGAUCAAUGACAUCAGCCUCGGAGAGCCUGACUUAUUGGCUACUGGGGUUGAGAGAGAACAGAGUGAGAGAUUCAAUGUGUAUUUGAUGCCAUCCCCUAACUUAGAUGUACAUGGCGAAUGUGCCUUGCAGAUUACGUAUGAGCACAUCUGUCUUUGGGACGUCCAGAAUCCCAGAGUCAAACUCAUCUCUUGGCCGCUAAGUGCCCUGCGGCGGUACGGGCGAGAUGCUGCUUGGUUCACUUUUGAGGCAGGGAGGUGA